AUAAUAUAAAAACAUAAAUACAGCAAUAAUAAUAAUAAAGUAAAUUGGCCACUAUAGCGACUUGUUGGAACUGUAAAUGAAGCUCACUGUAUCCAACACGGUCCUUAUUUAUUUAUUUUGAGGAAUGCAAACUUCUGGUCCUUCAUGUCUAUAAACCCCUCAGCAUACUGUACGUACUACUGUACAAACACAACAGUGUAUAAAAUACAAGGCUGUGUAAUGUCAAGCCCUCAGUUGGGCUCAUCUUAUUGUGUUCGUUACAGAGUAAUCACGUACGGGAAGCAGGAAGGCGCAGAAUACCACAAACAUCUUUGCACCAAUAGAAAGAUCCCACAGAAGAAAAUGUUCCACUUGACUGGCCAAUCACAUUGAACACUUUGUCUUCAAAGGCAUCACAUCUUUGGGUAAAAUCAGUCUGUCUGUUAACUUUCGGUCAUCAUCACUCAUGGACGGGCUGCACACUUUUCUAGUCGCUCUCUUAGGAGUUGCAUCCUGCAGUCAUGAUUGGAUCUCUGGAUCAGUGACAGUCAGACCAGGAGACAACAUCACUCUCUACUGUGAUUGUAAACUAUCAACUGGAGUAUACAUAGUGUGGUACAGGAACUGCUCUCAUGAGAACCACCCAUCUCUCGUCCUUAAAGUAGACCGUAGUUCAUCCACAUUAGGAUACAAUCCGGCCAGUGACACCAAAGAUCCUCAGAAUUUUCCUCGUUUUCAAUUUGUGAAAAACUCUUCUUCUAAUUCCUAUGACCUGCUGAUCAUGAACAUCACUGAUUCUGAUGAGGGAAUCUACUACUGUGGAACUGAAGAGAAGAACGUGGAGAAAAAAGUUGAUUACAAAAGGCUUUACAGCAACUUGACAACAAGGGUCUUAAUCAAUUCCUGCCCUGACCACAGCAGCUGGAAUGAAAACCCUGUACUUGAGAAGUCCUCCUUGUUGAUGGUGUUCGCUCCAGCCGUCACUAUUCUUUCCACCGUCAUCUCCUUCAUUUUGGUUUAUCACUUCUGUCAGAAAACAGAAGAAGAAUCUCAAACUCUCCAGAAGAGACUAAACAUGAUGGGACAAACAAGAGAGGGGCAGGGUGAAGAUGCAUAUUUCACUCGAGUUGUGUUCCGGCCUGUGGAGGUAAAAAAACACCAAUAGGCAGAGGAUGGACGGCAUGUUUUCACUCAAGCAGGAACCGAACAAAUUUCCUCUUGUUUGCUGUUGUGUGGUUUCAGAGAGUUGUGUGGUUUUGUGUAAGUCGCUUGCUCACAAUUUGUUAUCAGACUAAUAAUCAAGUAGACAGCAAAGGUAUCAUUAUUUCUAUCCGAAAUGUAUAUAUUUUUUAAUCUGUUAAAUAUUUACUUUUCUAACAAUUUUAGCAACAGCGUUAUAGCUAACUUUUAUUUUUGAUUUGUAACAUAAAGUUCAAGACUGAGUUGUACAAUUUUACAUGUAAUGAAUUAAAUACUUUUACAGAUGCUGAGUUCUUGUCAACAAGUUGUAUGCAAAGGAAACAAAAUAAUAUCGAAGUGCUUAAUAUAUACAGUAUAUAUAUUUAUAUAUGCCCGUAUAUAUCUG